AUGAUGAGCCAAAAGAAAGACUCCAAGAAGAUUACUGAAGGUGAAGCUGAUUUAUAUUUGGACCAAUAUAACUUCACCACAACAGCUGCUAUCGUUGGUUCGGUUGACCGUAAAGUGUUUGUCCUGUUACGUGACGGUAGGAUACUAUUUGGUGUGUUGAGAACUUUCGAUCAAUAUGCUAAUUUGAUAUUGCAGUAUUGCGUGGAGAGGAUCUAUUUCACUGAAGAGAAUAAAUACGCAGAAGAACUAAGAGGUGUGUUCAUGGUACGUGGUGAGAAUGUUGUUAUGUUGGGGGAAGUUGAUAUCGAUAAGGAAGAUAAACCAUUAGAAAUGAUGGAAAAAAUCCCAUUUAAAGAAGCUUUGAAAAUUCAAAAGGAACAGAAUCAACAAAAGUGUAAACUGGAAACUCAAAAGAGUAAAGACAUGGCGGCGUAUGGUUUGGUUCAUGAUUUCCACAAAUCUGAUAUGUACUAA